AAGAAAAGAACUACUCCGUACUAUAUGUUUCUUUACUUUCUUUCUUAUCUCCCUGCUAAUGAACAUUACUGACAAUUCCAGUCUCUUUUAACUGAACUAAUUCAAACCCCAGAAGCCAAAAAGUAUAGGAAUUCAAAGAAUAUGUUGAUGCAUACAACCUUUUCCACAUAUUUUUAUCCCAAGAUUCACUAUACCCAGAAACUAAAAGCAGUGAAUUCAUAUGCUUCUGAUAAAAGCACAACUUUAAAAGAUGUCCCUUUUCAUUUUCAAAUACAGAAAAAGGUAAAAGACCCUUUGAAUUGUAAUAACAAAUUAUGCUUUUGCUGCAGUAGAAGAAGUUUUAUGGCAGCAGUUGGAGCAGCUGCUCUCUUGCCUAUCCAUCCUUCACUUGCUUCUGAUGAUAUUGAUUCCAUGGCAAUGUUGAAUAGAUUGCAUCCUCCUAGGCCAGAUUGGUAUGAGGAGUUUUAUGCAGCAGCGAUGAACACAAGUAUGAAAUCUUAUGAAUCAGAGAUUGAAGGUUACAAGUCAGAGCUUUUUGCUAAUCUGAGAGGCCAAGCCAAACAAAUCCUCGAAAUUGGUAUUGGGACAGGUCCAAAUUUGAAGUAUUAUGCCAGUGAGGCGGGCACUUCCGUUUAUGGCAUUGAUCCAAAUAGGAAGAUGGAGAAAUAUGCACAAGCAGCAGCAGAGGCUGCAGGCCUUCCCCCUUCAAAUUUCAAAUUCUUGCACGCGGUCUCGGAGUCCUUGCCAUUACGUGAUGCUUCAGUUGAUGCUGUCAUUGGUACCCUUGUGUUAUGUUCUGUCGCAGAUGUUAAUCUGACGCUGCAGGAGAUCAGAAGAGUGCUCAAGCCCGGUGGCCUUUACCUCUUUGUUGAACAUGUAGCUGCAGCAGAUGGAACAGUUCUCAGAUUUGUUCAGGGAUUGCUUGAUCCUUUGCAGCAGACACUCGCGGAUGGUUGUCAUCUUACCAGGAAAACAGGAAAUGAUAUCAGUAAAGCCGGUUUCUCAAAUGUAGACAGUCAUCAAGCUGUCUUAUCAGCUGCGUCGCUGAUAAAUCCUCAUAUCAUUGGCAUAGCUUGCAACUAGAUAUAUCCAAGUGUUACAAUGGUGUCUUUGUGAAUCUUUAGCUCGCGUCAAACUCCAACAGCAUGUUUAAGCCGCCUAAUAUUUUGCCCCGGAACAGCAAGGGAACAACACCUAUUGUAGGAUUAAGCAUCACCAUUUACUAGAAAGAGAUUACACAUGUUCUUGAUCUUGGGGUUACCUUGACUAGUUUUUUAGUGUCUUAAGUGAAAACAACAGAUUUCAUUGCAUUUUGUAACACACAGUUGAUUUUGCGAUGGGAUGCUAUAUCAUAUCUAAGCACAGGCGGAUCAAGGAUUUGAAUUCUACGGGUUCGAACUCAUUAUAUUGUUAAAGUUAUGAGUUCAUAUUUGCUA